CUCCCAUCAAGGAGGGGACAGUCCCGGCACCCUGGGCCUGGCACGGUGGGCUCAGGCGUGCACACUGGAAGGGAGGCAACCACUCUGCUUCCGCCCUUGGGCAGCACCUGGCCCGCAGAACCUUCAGGGCUAACGUGGCUUCCUGGCUCCCUCUAGAAGAGUCUGUCUUGACCAGAGAAGCCCAGUUUGAAGGAGGCACCAUGCAGGAGCUUCGUCUGCUGUGCUGGGCGGUUCUGCUGGGCCUGGGCCAGGCCUGCCCAGAGCCCUGCAGCUGUGAGGAGAAGUUUGGCUUCCAGAUCGCCGACUGUGCCUACCGCGACCUGGAGGCCGUGCCGCCGGGCUUCCCGGCCAACGUCACCACCUUGAGCCUGUCAGCCAACCGUCUCCCGGCCUUGCCCGGGGGUGCCUUUGAGGAGGUGCCCCUGCUGCAGUCCCUGUGGCUGGCGCACAAUGAGAUCCGCACGGUGGCUGCCGGCGCCCUGGCCCCCCUGGGCCACCUCAAGAGCCUGGACCUCAGUCACAACCUCAUCUCCGACUUUGCCUGGAGCAACCUGCACAACCUCAGCGCCCUGCAGCUGCUGAAGAUGGACAGCAACGAGCUGACCUCCAUCCCCCGCAGCGCCUUCCGCAGCCUGCGCUCCCUGCGCUCCCUGCAGCUGAACCACAACCGCCUGCACUCCUUGGCCGAGGGCACCUUCGCACCGCUUAUUGCGCUGUCCCACCUGCAGAUCAACGACAACCCCUUCGACUGCACCUGCGGCAUCGUGUGGCUCAAGACGUGGGCCCUGGCCACCUCCGUGUCCAUCCCAGAGCAGGACAACAUCGCCUGCACUUCACCGCACGUACUCAAGGGGACGCCGCUGAGCCGCCUGCCGCCGCUGCCCUGCUCGGCGCCCUCCGUGCAGCUCACCUACCAGCCCAGCCAGGACGGGGCCGAGCUGCGGCCUGGCUUCGUGCUGGCGCUGCACUGUGCUGUUGAUGGGCAGCCGGAGCCCCAGCUGCACUGGCAUGUCCAGACGCCCGGGGGCACCGUGGACAUUGACAGCCCCAAUGUGGGCGCCGAUGGCCGGGCCCUGCCUGGAGUGCCUCCGGCCACCGGCGGCAGGCCCCGCUUCCAGGCCUUUGCCAAUGGCAGCCUGCUCAUCCCUGAAUUCGGCAAGCUGGAGGAGGGUACCUACAGCUGCCUGGCCACCAACGAGCUGGGCAGUGCCGAGAGCUCGGUGAACGUGGCGCUGGCCACGCCGGGCGAGGGGGGCGAGGACGCCCUGGGCCGCAGGUUCCACGGCCAGGCCACUGAGGGCAAGGGCUGCUACACGGUGGACAACGAGGUGCAGCCUUCGGGGCCCGAGGACAACGUGGUCAUCAUCUACCUCAGCCGGGCUGGGGGCCCGGAGGCGGCAGUGGUGGCGGGGGCUGGCCCUGGGCAGCAGGCCCCAGGUCUGCUCCUACUGGGCCAGAGCCUCCUCUUCCUCUUCCUCGCCUCUUUCUAACCUCCCCCUCCACAAGGACCUG